AGAAGAAGACGUCGAAGCAGAAGUCGAGACAGAGACCGUCGUCGGUCCCGAAGUCCCAGACCGGACCGUGACCGCCGAAGACGCGAUUACUGAUUGUUAUCGAUAGACAUCUCUCCUACCACCAUCAUCAUGUCGUCGCACACACAAUCCGUUCUUGAAUUCAAUUUCUCCGAUGCUGAUAUCAUUCUCGUUGGUGGAGAUGACCAGAAGAGACGAUUUGCGGUGCACAAGUGUAUCUUGUCGGCUGCCUCUCCGGUCUUCAAAGACAUGUUCAUGCUGCCACAACCCAAAGUUAUCGGUGACGCUCUACCUGUUAUAAACAUGACAGAGUCUUCGAAGAUUCUGUCUGUAUUUCUGCAGUUCAUCUACCCCGUUCCUAACCCCACCAUUUCCUCUUUGGAAGAACUCGUCCUUGUCCUCGAGGCUGCGAAAAAACUAGAUGUCGAUGUUGCCAUUGACUCCCUUCGCAAGCAGCUCAUUCACUCCAAUAAUGUCGAUAAUGAGCCUUUGCGUGUUUACGCCAUCGCUGCGCGAUUCGAUCUCCAGGAGGAACUUAAAGUUGCAGCCAAGUACACGCUGAAAAAGAAUGUCCUUGACUGUCCAUUGUCCAAGGACUUGAAGUACAUUACCGCCUAUGAUUAUCAUCGGUUACUUGAUCUGCAUCGCCGCCACUCCCGUGCUAUGCAGGCCGCACUCUUACCUAAACGAUAUGCUUGCAGCGGACAUAAUUGUAAUCCGGCAAGAUGGUGGACCGCCUUUGUAGAGGCGGCCAACAAGGAACUAUCUGAAAGGCCCAGCACCGAUAUCAUUUUCCAGCCGGAAUUUCUCUUGCGGUGCCUUCCUCCCCAAAACUACUGCAGCCUUUGUGCCUACUCAGCGCUUCGUUCUUAUCCGGAUUUUCUCAUACUGAAAAAGAAAAUUGAUGAACUUCCGUUCACAGUAUAAGGGAUGCUGAGGAGACUGGGGGGAUCUUUGUAGCAUUUUACUCCUCGUUGCUCUCCACGAGGAUAAUGAAGAUGUUUACGUCUGAAAUACCGCGUCUGCUGAAGGUCAAUGCGGCUCAGGUAAGAAUAUCGUAUGGUCCUCGACAAGAUCCGGCACUAGCUACGCGUCCGACAAUACCG